AUGAGGCACCUUGUCGUCCUUGCGCUGUUAUGUCUGCCAAUUUGCUUGGCCUAUCCACUGGCUGGGGCAGUGAAGGAGGAUUCAAACAUGGAUCUCGUCCAGCAAUAUCUGGAAAAAUACUAUGACCUUGCAAAAGAUGUGAAACAGUUUGUAAGAAGAAAGGACAGCAGCCCUAUGGUUAGAAAAAUUCAAGAAAUGCAGAAGUUCCUUGGGUUGGAGGUGACGGGGAAGCUGGACUCCAACACCCUGGAGGUGAUGCGCAAGCCCAGAUGUGGAGUCCCCGAUGUCGGUCAAUUCACUACCUUUCCUAGCUCACCAAAGUGGAGGAAGACUCACCUUACUUACAGGAUUGUGAAUUAUACACUGGAUCUGCCAAGAGAUGCUGUUGAUGCCGCCAUUGAGAAAGCUCUGAAAGUCUGGGAGGAGGUGACUCCUCUCACAUUCUCCAGGAAUAAGGAAGGAGAGGCUGACAUAAUGAUCUCCUUUGCUGUUAGAGAACAUGGGGACUUUUUCCCUUUUGAUGGACCUGGAGCCACUGUGGCUCACGCCUAUGCACCUGGGCCAGGGAUAAAUGGAGAUGUUCACUUCGAUGAUGAUGAACGAUGGACAGAGGAUAAAACAGGGACCAAUUUAUUCCUUGUUGCUGCUCAUGAACUCGGCCAUUCUCUGGGUCUCUUUCAUUCGGCCAACCCUGAAGCUUUGAUGUACCCAGUCUACAACCCACUCACAGACCUGGCCCGAUUCCACCUUUCUCAAGAUGAUGUGAAUGGCAUUCAGUCCCUUUAUGGACCUCCCCCUGCCUCCCCUGAGGAACCUGUGGUGCCCACAGAAUUCAUCCCUCCAGCACCUGAGACACCAGCCAUGUGUGACCCUGACUUGUCCUUCGACGCAGUCAGCACUCUCAGGGGAGAAAUGCUAUUCUUUAAAGGCAGAUAUUUUUGGCGCAGAACCCCCUGGAACCCCAAGCCUGAAUUUCAUUUGAUUUCUACAUUUUGGCCCUCUCUUCCGUCAGAACUGGAUGCUGCAUAUGAAGUUGAAAGCAAGGACACAGUUUUUCUUUUUAAAGGAGAUAAGUUCUGGGCCACAAGAGGAAAUGAGAUACAAGCAGGCUACCCAAAAGGCAUCCAUACCCUGGGCUUUCCUCCAACUGUAAGGAAAAUUGAUGCAGCCAUUUCUGAUAAGGGAAAGAAGAAAACGUACUUCUUCAUAGAGGACAAAUACUGGAGAUUUGAUGAAAAUAGCCAGUCCAUGGAGCAAGGCUUCCCCAGGCUAAUAGCUGACGACUUCCCAGGAAUUAAGCCAAAGGUCGAUGCUGUAUUACAGGCAUUUGGAUUUUUUUAUUUCUUCAGUGGAUCAUCACAGUUUGAGUUUGACCCUAAUGCCAAGAUGGUGAAACAUAUAUUAAAGAGUAACAGCUGGUUACAAUGCUAGGCAAGAUAUAGAGAGGACAAGACAUAGACACUAUAAAUUAAUCCAUUAUUCACCUAAUUUAUUAUGGGUCAAAAUCAUUCAUCGCUCCCAAAUGUGCAGUGGCCGAAGAUGAUGAGACUUGACCCUAGGAUUUGGAUGGAUAUCUUCCCGUGUUGUGAAGCACUGAUCUGAACUGCUUCAGUUGCUCUUGGAAUACAUUGAAUUGAAGUAGAAAAUACUCAUGUGCAGCUGGCAAGAGAAUGUAUUGGUGUUGUAUUUAUUAUUUAAUAAAUUUUUUACUUGUGGCAUGUUGCUUCCUUCCUAGAAUAACUUUUCACUACACUGACCACACUGUGAACUGAGCUUUUGACAGAUCCUCUGCUGGUAGACGUAGCAAGAUCACACAUUCCAUGGAUGGGACAUAUGGCUGUCACUUGCCCUUUCCCACCCUUUCCACAAUAGGAUUUUAUUUUUUACCUCCUAGAUAUAGUGAGUGUUUUUCACACACCUAAUGAAGAAAGAGUAAUUUCGAUAGUUGUCCUGUAGGGCUGGUUCUGGGCAAAAUUAGGAAAUAGAAUUCUCUAAUGUUGGAGCUUAGAAACCUAUCGAAUUAUCUAGUGCAUUUCAUCAUUUUAUAAGUGGUGAAACAAACCUGUUUUGGAGUCCAGUUGCCUCAUUUUUAACCCAAGUGUUUCUUCCAUGG